AUGUCCUUUUCACAAAUGAAAAUACUUUUAAAAACUAUAAAAUAUAUUUUUUUAUUAAUACUCCAUCAAGAAACCCUACACAAAUUAAACAUAAAGAAUAAUCCACAUAUUAUAAGCACCAGUAUAAGAAAUAAUAGAUCUCUAGCAAAAUAUGAAAAUUUAAUAUCCAGAGAAAACAAAAUAUAUGAGACAAAAUUACGAAAUUUGAACAAGAAAAUAAAUAAAAACAAAAGUGAUAUGUUACUCUAUAAUGAAAAAUCAGAUCAAGAAUUAAAAUUAUAUGACAUUGAAAUAAACAAAUACAAAGGAAGUAAUAAAAAUUAUAAAUAUGAAAAUCAUUAUAGUAAUAAUGAAAUUAAAUCAUAUUAUAAAAAAAAUUAUGUUCAUGACAAAUAUAUAUUUAAUAAAAAAAUUAAUCCAUUUCUUGAAAAAAAUAAAAUAUUCUGCAAACGUUGUAUGAAAAAAAUCAGCAGAUCAAUAGAUAUGUUCAAAACAAAUUUUGCAUUUAAAUUCAGUGAAGCAAAUUCACCAAUGUCUUUAAUAGACACCAUAAGUAUUGCAUCAUUUACUUCUUUAAUUACAUUUCUUUGUGCAUUUAUUGUUUCUGGAAUAGCUAUUGGAAUAUCCUAUUUACUUAAAUACAUUUUUCUAGAUAUCAUUAUAAUAAAUCCAGAAAUAAUACCAAUAUUUUUAAUACUUCUAUUUGCAAUUUUUAUAGUUGCAUAUUUAGUAAAAUCAAAGAAAAAAGAAAAACAAUUGAUGGACAGAUAA